AUGACCAGGAAUGAAGCAGCCUCGCGCAUGAGCUCGGUGACGAGCGCCUCGACUGACAGUGGCCGGUCCUCCGUAACCGUCAAGCCGCUCCCUUCUACCCCAAUCCCAACCGCGUCCCCCUCCCUCCGCGGCGCCUCGCCCUCCCCCGAGGACGGCCGCGGUCUGCGGCACACCGCCUCUGUCGACUCCCGCCGCGGACCUCCCUCGCGUCUUAGGACCGACGACAAUGCCAACCUCAGAAAUCGAACUGUGAUCCGGCAAGACAGCCAGAUCUCCCCUACCUCUACCGCCGCCACAGUCGGUACGACACGAGGCACGGCCCCUCCCUUGUCAUCGACAGGCUCCAACAACAUCAACAUGCAUACCGGCCGUGAUCACCGCGACCAGCACCCGCACCAGCAUCAGCACCGUGCCGACUUUGGUAACUACCGCCGCGACCUCGCCGUUUUAGACGCAGAUACCCGGUCAGGCUCGGGCGGCGGAGACAAUAGCAGCCACCAUGGCGGCCGCACCAGCAGUGCUCCCCAGAUCCCACAGCUAGCCUCCCUGGGCAGCCCGGGCCUGUCUCAGAUUGCGCCCUGGAUGUCCGCUGGCGGAAGCAGCAGCAACAACAACGACGGCCAUGCCGCCAACGCAGCAGCGACCCCCGGGACAGCCGCUGGAGGCGGUGGUGGUGGCGGCGGCGGCGGCGGCCUGGCCUCCACCAGCUUCUACAAUGACUCGAGCGAAAACGUCUCCAUUGCAUCACAGCUCUCACCCGCCUUCCGCACAAACUCCCUCUCUCUCACCCGGCACCAUUCCGCCCAGACCCCCGCCAGCACCAGCAACGAGUCCCCCGAUGCAGCCUUCUUCAACGACGACCGCCGGCCGUCCGUCGCCAGCAUCGCCACCAGCGCCAGCAGCACGGGCUCCAAAGCCAGCGACCGCCGCGGCGGGGGCUUUCGCAAGCUGCAAGGUUUCUUUGGCGAAGAGUUCCCGGGCCGUGACAAUUCCGACGCCAGCAUCAGUACGACGGGCAAAGAAACGAGGUCGCAAUCGUAUAGCCACGGCCGCCCUCACCGCGAUCGCAACCUUUCGAAUGCCACCGACCGGGAUCCCUCGCCAUCCUCCUCGCGUCCUCGCACGCCUGUGCCGGCGCCAGAGGUCGUUCCAUUCCUCUACCAAGAGGCCGAUGAUAUUGCGAGGUAUGGUGAGGCUCCCGUCCGAGACACCCUGAGCGGUCCCGACCGAGACCGCUAUGUCAACGAGGCCUCUGGUCAGAAUCCGCCCAAGACCUCCUCGUCCUCCCGCUCCGGCCACUCACUGCCGCACCUUCCGCACCAUCACCACCGCCACAACAAGAGCAACGACGACCCCCGCACCAUUCUGCACACAAUCAGCAGGGAAGACUCGAUCGCCAGCAUGCGCGAGCGCGCCACGCCGGCCAUGUACACCUCCACGCGCUCCCGGGCCCAGAGCCCCACCCCGAGCGGAAACAGCGGUAGCGGCAGCGCAUCCUUUAGCGCCCCGAAGACCAGCUUCACCGACGGACAGAUCUCGCCGCCUGGUGGGCACCCGAAAAAGGGUUUGCUCGGUCGAUUAAGACGGCAUAAGGACAAGGACGACGGCGCCAGCAGUGGCGGCAACAAUAGCAACAACGGCGGCGGCAGCCACACCGCCCACAGCAUCGCCGCGCAGCUCAAGAAGGUACCCCAUAACGCGCACAACCUCUCGUCUCGCCCGUCACGACACGAUGUAUCGCGCGCCGAGCUAGGCGGCCACUUCUUCGGCUCCGACAUGUCCUUGUCACAACGCUUCCACGGCGACUACGAGGGCGCCGCACAGCAGGCACGCCACGGCAGCACAUCGCGGCAGGCCACCUUCAACAACAAGUUCCCCUUCUCCAAAAAGAACCGGACGCACCGCCACAUCGACGACCAGGAGGAGAUGAUCGGCCCCACCGACCGCGCAGACAACGGCACGCAGUUCUUCCUUGAUACGGACCUCAACAACAUGGAUGGCAUUUUGAGUCGACCCCUCCCACUCACGCCCAUGGACGCCGAUGCCCACCGAGGCGCCGAAUCGGACCGCGGCACCGGCACGCCCCGCAUCAACCACUACUUCCAAAAACACAUUCCCCACUUUGGCACACAUCACAACUCGCCGGCUGCAUCGACGGCUGCGAUAGCAGGGCCCGGCAUAGCGCCGAGCGGGGCCAGCGGCCCCAACGGGUCCAAUGGGCCCAACGGCGCAUGGAAUGCGCCCGACAGCUGGGCCGUGCGCCGUACAGGCGACGAUGUGGCCGCGCACCACCUGCCGGAGACCGACGACUUUGGCAGCCCGCCCCGCAACCCUGAAGAGAAGGUGCAAAACUACUGCAUCCGCGUGUUUAAGAGCGACGGAACCUUUGCCACUCUUCAGAUGCCCCUUACCGCCUCGGUCCAAGACGUCGUUGCGCAGCUCGCCAAGCGCGUCUUCACCGAGAGCCAAAACUUCCAGAUUGUCCUGAAACGGCACGGCAUCAUCCGCAUCCUCAGCCCUGCGGAGCGCCCACUCAUGAUCCAAAAGCGCCUGCUCCAGCAGGUCGGCUAUGAGCAGCGCGACCACAUUGAGGACAUCGGCCGCGAGGACAACAGCUACCUCUGCCGCUUCCUGUUCGUCUCCGCGCACGAGAGCGACUUCCAGUCUCGGUCACACGAUCUUGGCUUCAGCCGCAUGCCGAAACUGAACCACGUCGACCUGUCCAGCCGGAACCUCAUUACCAUCCCCAUCACCCUCUACUCGAAAGCCGCCGACAUCACCUCCCUCAACCUCUCCCGCAAUCUCUCUCUCGACGUGCCGCGUGAUUUUAUCCAGUCUUGUCUCAACCUGCGCGACAUCAAGUACAGCAACAACGAGGCGCGCAAGAUCCCACACAGUCUGGGUCGUGCCAGCCGCCUGACGUUCCUCGAUGUAUCCAACAACCGCAUCGAGACAAUGGAACAUGCCGAGCUCGAGGACAUUACGGGCGUGCUGAAGCUCAACCUGGCCAACAACCGCCUCAAGCAGCUGCCCUCCUACUUUUGCGCCUACCAUGCGCUGCGCACCCUCAACAUCUCGUCCAAUUUCCUCGACAAAUUCCCCGGCUUCGUAUGCGAGCUUGAGAGUCUGGUCGACCUGGACCUGAGCUUUAACCUAAUCAGCAGCCUACCCGACGCCAUUGGAAACCUUCGCAACCUGGAAAAGUUUGUGAUUACGAACAACCGCCUGAGCGGUGCCUUUCCGCUGGGAUUCCAGGACCUACAGAGCCUCCGCGAGCUGGACAUCAAGUACAACACCAUUACAAGCAUCGACAUUAUUUCCGAACUGCCGAAACUGGAGAUUCUGACCGCAGACCACAAUGCCAUCUCCCAGUUUGUUGGCAGCUUCGAGCGCCUUCGGUCUCUCAAGCUGAAUGCGAACCCCAUCACCCGGUUCGAGAUUGUCAACCCGCUGCCGACGCUCAAGCUGCUGAACCUCUCGAAUGCUCAGCUGGCCAGCAUAGACGACUCGUUCAACAACAUGCGCAACCUGGAGAGCCUGCAUCUCGACAAGAACUACUUUGUCUCGCUGCCCAACCAGAUUGGCAACCUCGGCCGCCUCGAGACCUUUAGCAUUGCCAACAACUCCGUUGGCGAGCUGCCGCCCGAGAUCGGCUGUCUGACCGAGCUGCGUGUCCUGGACGUGCGCGGCAACAACAUCCGCAAGCUGCCCAUGGAGAUCUGGUGGGCCAACAAGCUCGAGACACUCAACGCCUCGUCCAACGUGCUCGAAAAUUUCCCGAAACCCGCGUCGCGCGCACCGCAGGUGCCUGGCGAAUCGAACAAGGACAACGUGUCGUCCGCUCAGGGCCGCAUGAUGAGCACCGUCGGCACAUUGUCUUCGACGCCGAGUUCCGAAGAGCUCAGCGCCGACGGCUCGCGCCGCCCGAGCCAGGCCUCCAGCACACUGUUGAGUGUCGGCCCGUCGCCUGUCCCGUCCGGCCCUGACCGGAAGAGUUCGGUCGUGUCCGUGUACGGCAAAGGUGGGCGUAAGACGUCCAUUGUGUCGCGCAGCACCGCUCAGAGCUCCGGCAUGGCGACACCCACAGCGAGCUCACGAAAGGACUCGGGCCUGUCGUCGCGCAUUACCAACACUUUUGCCGGGUCGCUGCGGAACCUCUACUUGGCGGACAACCAGCUGGACGACGAAGUCUUUGAGCAACUGGCCCUCUUGGGCGAGAUCCGUGUGCUCAAUGUGUCGUACAACGACCUCACGGACAUACCGCAGCGGUCUAUGACAAGUUGGCCGCAGCUAGUUGAGCUGUACCUCUCGGGCAAUGAGCUGACGACGCUACCCGCCGACGACCUGGGCGAGUACAGCAUGCUGCAAGUUCUGCACAUCAAUGGCAACAAGUUCACCAACCUGCCGGCCGACAUUUCCCGCGCCAAGAAGCUGGCCGUGCUCGACUGCGGCAACAACUCGCUCAAGUACAACAUCUCCAACGUGCCAUACGACUGGAACUGGAACUUGAACCGCAAUCUGCGGUACCUGAACUUGUCUGGCAACCGACGUCUCGAGAUCAAGCAGACGGCGUACAAUGCCAGUGCGGCCAUGCGCUCGGCGGAGCAGUACGCCGACUUCAAUCGGCUGCCGAAGCUGCGCGUGCUCGGUCUCAUGGAUGUCACGCUCACGCAGCCUAGCGUGCCCGACCAGACCGAGGACAGCCGUGUCCGGACGUCCGGAUCCAUGGCAGGGUUCCUGCCGUACGGCAUGGCGGACACGCUGGGCAAGAACGAGCAUUUGUCGACCAUUGACCUGGUCGUGCCUCGAUUCUCCUCCAACGCCAACGAGGGCAACGAGCAGGACACGCUGCUGUGUCUGUUUGACGGCCAGGCCUUGUCGUCGGGUGGCUCCAAGAUUGCCAAGUUCUUGCACGAGAACUUUAGCCGCAUCUUUGCCGCCGAGCUCAAAGCGCUCAAGGCGAACCAGGGCGUGACCAUCGAGGACUGCCUGCGCCGCGCGUUCCUGACGCUCAACAAGGACCUGGUCACGAGCUCGAUCCAGGCCGAGGACCGCCUGCCGCUAUCGUCGUCCUCGCCGGCGGUCGCUCACCGCGGCUCCAUUGCCCCUAUGGUGCUCACCAAGGAGGACCUCAACUCCGGCGGCGUCGCGACGGUCGUCUACCUGCUGGGCCAGGAGCUGUACGUGGCCAAUGUCGGUGACGCACAAGCCAUGCUCAUUCAAAGCGACGGCUCGCACAAGGUGCUGACGCGCAAGCACGACCCCGCCGAGCCCAACGAGCGGUCGCGCAUCCGGGACGCGGGCGGCUGGGUGUCGCGCAACGGCCGGCUCAACGAUGUGCUGGACGUGUCGCGCGCGUUUGGCUACAGUGAGCUGAUGCCGUCCGUCAUGGCGGCACCCCACGUGGUGAACCACAAGGUGCGCGAACAGGAUGAAACGGUGGUGCUGGCCACCAAGGAGCUCUGGGAGUACCUGAGUCCCGGCCUUGUGGUCGACAUUGCGCGGCAGGAGCGGGGCGACCUGAUGCGUGCCUCGCAGAAACUGCGCGAUCUGGCCAUGGCAUACGGCGCGAGCGGCAAGAUCAUGGUCAUGAUGCUGAGCCUGUCUGACCUCAAGCGCAAGACGGAGCGGUCGCGCCUGCAUCGCGGCCAGAGCAUGUCGCUGUAUCCGUCGGGCGUGCCCGAGGAGGCGGCGCAGCAGUUCUUGCCGACGCGGCGCGGCAAGCGCACCAAGGGCGACGUGCUGGACUCGACCCUGCAACGCCUGGACGCCGAGGUACCGGCCCCUACGGGCCUGAUUGCGAUUGUGUUUACCGACAUCAAGAGCUCGACAACGCUCUGGGAAAUCUACCCGGCGGCCAUGCGCUCGGCGAUUAAGCUGCACAACGACGUCAUGCGGCGGCAGCUGCGCUACAUUGGCGGGUUCGAAGUCAAAACGGAAGGUGACGCAUUCAUGGUGUCCUUCCCGACGGCCACGUCGGCGCUGCUGUGGGCGUUCGCCGUGCAGCUGCAGCUGCUGGACGCGCCCUGGCCGACGGAAAUGCUCAACUCCGUGACGUGCCAGCCGAUCCUCGACAAGGACAGCAACAUCAUCUUCCGCGGUUUGUCGGUGCGCAUGGGCAUUCACUGGGGCGAACCACUGUGCGAGCCCGACCCAAUCACACGACGCAUGGACUACUACGGCCCCAUGGUCAACAAGGCGGCGCGGAUCAACAGCAUCGCCGAUGGUGGCCAGAUCACGGUGUCGUCCGACUUCAUCUCGGAGAUCCAACGGUGCCUCGAGACGUACCAAGAAUCGCCGACAGGGUCUGGCGGCGCAGGCGGAUCGAGCGAAGACGGCGUGGGCCGCGGCAGUGUUAGCGGCAAUGGUAGCGUCAGCGCCGCUGGCGGUUCCGUGGGCGGCAGCUCCACGGCCGGCACGGGUUUCGACGACGACACGUUUGCGCAGACCAUCCGCAAGGAGCUCAAGGCCCUGUCGUCGCAGGGGUUCGCCGUCAAGGAGCUCGGCGAGAUCAAGCUCAAGGGCCUCGAAAACCCGGAAGUCGUCUACUCGCUGUAUCCUCACGCGCUGGCCGGCCGCAUGGAGGCACAUUCGCACCACGAGCGCCUGGCCGCCGCGGUUGCUGCCGCGGCGAGCGGUGUCGAAGGUGCCGCCGUCAAUGGCUCUGGCAGUGGCAGCUACCAUAACAACAGCACAGCUGGGGCAACAGCAGCCGCCGCCGCCGCCGCCGUGGCCACCGCCGGUAGUGCCAGCAGCAGCGAUGCCAACACGAUUCCGGCCGGCGGGCGCGCGUUCCCUGGCUCCAAGCUGCCGGCGCCGACGUCGGCCAUUAUCCUGGGCGACCCGGACACGGAUGACCUGCGGAUGAUUCCCGAGGUGAUUUGGGGCCUGUGGCGCGUCAGUCUGCGCCUGGAGAUGCUGUGCAGCUCGCUCGAGCAGGUGGACGGAAGCGGGCUGCAGCCACCGGAGACGGAGCUGCUGGAGCGCAUGAAGCAGCGCGGCGCCAACGUGACGGAGCGGUUCCUCCUGAACUUUUUGGCGCACCAAAUCAGCCGCAUCGAGACGUGCAUCAACACGCUGACGGUGCGGCACAUGGCCAUGGGUGCGUACAAGGCCAAAUAUGGCCCGCUGCAGGGCGGCCACAUUGAAGACGAAAUGGAGGACGAAGACGACGAAGACGACGAAGGCAGCGACACCGAGCAGGAGUAG